GUCAUCAACAGAGCGACGGUUUUCCACUUGUCCUGUCCCGGGAGUUAGUGAUCACCCAGGCCCCUCGAUCGCGCGAGGCCUAAAGAGGGGAUGUCUCUACGCUGCAGGGACGCCGUCUGCAUUCUGGGGCCGCGGGUAUUUGGACGAUAUUUAUGCAGCCCAGUCAGACCAUUAAGUUCCUUGCCAGACCAAAGAAAGGAAUUUUUACAGAAUGGACCAGACCUUCAAGAUUUUGUAUCUGGUGAUCUUGCAGACAAGAGCACCUGGGAUGAAUAUAAAGGAAACUUAAAGCGACAGAAAGGAGAAAGGUUGAGACUACCUCCAUGGCUAAAGACAGAGAUUCCCAUGGGGAAGAAUUACAAUAAACUGAAAAAUACUUUGCGAAAUUUAAAUCUCCAUACAGUAUGCGAGGAAGCUCGAUGUCCCAAUAUAGGAGAAUGUUGGGGAGGUGGCGAAUAUGCCACUGCCACAGCCACCAUCAUGUUGAUGGGUGACACAUGUACAAGAGGUUGCAGAUUUUGUUCUGUUAAGACUGCAAGAAACCCUCUUCCACUGGAUGCCACUGAGCCCUACAAUACUGCAAAGGCAAUUGCAGAGUGGGGUCUGGAUUAUGUUGUCCUGACAUCUGUGGAUCGAGAUGAUUUGCCUGAUGGGGGAGCUGAACACAUUGCAAAGACUGUAUCCUACUUGAAGGAAAGGAAUCCAAAAAUCCUUGUGGAAUGUCUCACCCCUGAUUUUCGAGGAAACCUUAAAGCAGUAGAAAAAGUUGCUCUGUCAGGAUUAGACGUGUAUGCACAUAAUGUUGAAACAGUUCCAGAAUUGCAGAGGAAAGUUCGUGAUCCCCGAGCCAAUUUUGACCAGUCUCUGUGUGUACUGAAGCAUGCCAAGGCAGUUCAGCCCAAUGUUAUUUCUAAAACAUCUAUAAUGUUGGGAUUAGGCGAGAAUGAUGAGCAAAUAUAUGCAACAAUGAAAGCACUUCGUGAAGCAGAUGUGGACUGUUUGACUUUAGGGCAAUAUAUGCAGCCAACAAGGCGCCACCUUAAGGUUGAAGAAUAUGUUACUCCUGAGAAGUUCAAAUACUGGGAAAAAGUAGGAAAUGAACUCGGAUUUCAUUAUACUGCAAGUGGCCCUUUGGUGCGGUCUUCAUAUAAAGCAGGUGAAUUUUUCCUGAAAAAUCUAGUGGCUAAAAGAAAAACAAAAACCCUCUAAAACUUAGACAAUAUCUUCAAGAUCACAUUAGUUUCAAAAUUUGAAUGCUGUUGGUAACAGAGGAGGUACCAGAAUACCUGGAAAUCAGUGGAUGUGCCCCUGACUCUGACUGCUUCAAGAGAAAUGUCAAUAAGCUGUACAUAUUUAAUUGUAAUAAUUCAUUAGCUUUUAGCGUAUCUUCCCUGGCCUCAUAAACAGUUGCUUGCCAUGUUGUAAUCAUAAAACAUCUUUGGAAGACUUUGCUGUUAACUGUUAUAAUAAAAAA